UUUAGUGAACUUUUUUUUUAUCUUAUACGAACGGUGGAGACUUAAAGUGGGGUGUAUACAUAAGGAGACUAAGUCAAGAACUGAAGUGAAUGUGGAGAAAAUGUCAAUCUCAAAACUUCCUAAAGAAUUGUGGACAGUUAUUGGACAAAAACUGAACACUACAAUUGAUGUUACUAGAUUUCGUGGUACAUGUUGUCUGUGGCGUUCUUCUCUUUCACAUCCAUCUCCAAACCUUUGCAUUCCACAUCACUUUUUUUCUUUACUCCAAACCAAAAUAUAUAGUAUUCAACCAUCAUCUCAUGAUCACAACCCUUCAACUUCUUCUUCUUGUUCUAAUAAAGGGUGGCUCAUUAAAGUUUUUCAGGAUCCAAAUUCCUCCAAACUUUACCUCUUAGAUCUCUUCACUAAUGAGAGACUAACAAUUGAGGAGACUAUGGAAAAAUAUUUGAAUUUGAUGAACUUUCGAGUUGUGGAGUUGUUCAAAUUAUAUACUCUUUGUCGAAAAGUUGAAAUUGAUUUCAGCUUUGAGCCUAAUAGUUAUGUUUGUAAAGUAAUCUUGUUUUCUAUUGAAGAUCGUUGCAUGGUCUUCGAACUCUGCAGUGAUAAAACUUUGAAAGUUUCCAAUAUCGGAAAGAAGAAAAAGACCGUCUUAAAGGAUGAUGGUGCGGAAAAUGAGUAUUUUGAUGAUAUUAUACUUUACAAGGGUCAGGUUUAUGUUGUGGAUAAAAUGGGAACAGUUUUUUGGAUCAAUGCUUUGUCGUUGAAGUUGUUUCAGUUUUCGCCGAAAAAUGUGUGCUGCGGUGAAAGCAAGAUGCAUGUAUCGAUGAAUUGCGAUAUAAACAAGAAGCAAUUAGUAGAGUUUGAUGGAAGUCUGUAUGUGAUUGAUUUGUAUGUUAAUGAUAAAAAGUAUUACGAUGGUUACUUCUCCAAAGAUGUUUUUGUGGAAGUUUUUAAGCUUGAUCAAGAAUGGGGUAAAUGGUUGGAUGUUAAAGAUUUGGGUGAUGUUUCGUUUGUUUUAGGUAAGGACUCAAAUUUUGCAUUGUUGGCUAAAGAAUUUUAUGGAUGUGAGGGAAAUUGCAUCUACUUUGCUUCUCAAUUCAGGACUUUUUGUUUCAGCUUGGAGAGUUUAGUGUCUAAGCCUCCUAACAUGUUUUGGCCUUGUCUAAGGUUGUUUCAUCCUAAGAACGAGUGAUUUGAUAGUAUUAUAAUGCACAAUAUUAAACAUGUUACCUUUGUUUUGGUGUUUUUUUUUUAUGUAUUGCCUAUAAAUUGUAAAUUGGGUGUGAAUUUGAGUUAUAACAGAAAGUUUAAUCA